UGCGCGACAUUAAAUAUUUUGGCGGGGGAAUAAAGGCAACAACAAACUCUUGCCUUAGGAAGUUGGACUGCUGGUGUUUAGUUUAACACGAGAAAGGGUUUUAAAAACUGAACUGGAAGAUGGUUGAAGGUCCGGGCUGCACAUUAAACGGAGAGAAAAUCCGUUCAAAAGUCCAGAAAGGGCAAAAAUUGAAGGAGAUCAGAGGCAGUUUGACAAAACCCACUAAAAACAACCCUGAGGGACAUGCCUUCCACAGUUUUUAUGGUUGUCAGUACACCGGUGUAGAAACUCUGGGGAAGGAGCUCUUCAUGUACUUUGGUCCAAGGGCAUUGAGAGUCCACUUUGGAAUGAAUGGAUCAAUGCGUAUAAACCCUGCCAAGAGGAAGGAUAGGAAGGACUCCAUACCAGUGCUGGAAAUGCACCUGACUAACGACAUUGUGUGCUUCUUUGACAGCACUGUGGAAAUAAGGUUGACAGAGGACUGUGAGCAGAGGGUGAGGGCUAUGGAGAGUCUGGAUGUGUGCUCUUCUAAGUUCAGCUUCUCCCGCUCUGAGGAGGCAGUGAGGAACCAAAGUAGCAGGAUGCUCUGUGACGUUCUCUUAGACCAGGCUGUCAUGCCGGGAGUCGGCAACAUCAUUAAAAACGAAGCCCUGUUUGACUCGGGCUUCCACCCAGCCGUGAAGGUUCAGCAGCUGACAGACGAACAGAUCCACCACUUGGUGAAAAUGACGCGUGAUUUUACCCUUCUGUUUUAUAAGUGUCGCAAAUCUGGCUCUCCUCUCUACAAACAUUACAAAGUCUACAAGCGUCCCCAGUGUGGCCAGUGCUUUCAUGUCAUCACAGUCUGUCGUCUUGGAGACAACGGCAGGAUGACUUACUUCUGUGAGCACUGUCAGAGGGGAGAUCCCAGCGGGGUUGACAUCAGUAAGCUCCCAGUCAGAAACAGUCUGACUAACUGGGCAUACAAUGAGAGAACCAAUGAUAAUGUGGCUAAGAAGGAAGAAGAGGACUGGGCCUGUCAACUCUGCACGCUCAUCAACCAGCCAGCAGCAAAAGCCUGUGAUGCCUGCCUCACUCCAAGACCUGAGGUCCACAAAGAUGACAUUAGCUCUGAGGCAUCACCCUUCACCACUGAUUUGAUUAAAUACCCAUGCACUGCCUUCAAGAAACCACAAGAGGAGCUCAAAGUCAACUGGAGGUCCGCAUUCGGGACUUCCACCCUUGUUUUCUCUGACUUGAGCGCAAAGCCAAAGCCUGUAAACUCCCCGCUCUCCCCAGCCGGGAGUCAUUUGAAUUCCUUGGCGGCAGAGCGAGGUUUAUAUAAAUACAGCGUCUGCCAAGGGACAACAAGCCCCAAUUAUGCCUCUGGUGGCUGGCAGAAGCAAAGUGCCGAGCUCUCCAACGGGGAAUCACUGGCCUCCUACAGUCACCCAUCCAAGAAAAUGAGAAUUGAUCACAGUCCCUUUCCCAGUAACAAUGCUCAAAAUGGAACCCCCAACACUGGUACACGCAAAAUAGGAGCGACAAGCCACGGCUCCUCCAUUUCUGCCAGUCCCAGCGCCCCUUGUUGUGCAUCCCAUCAUCGUUCAGCUGUCCUCAGAGUGGUCCACAAGGAGGGGAAGAAUAAGGGACGACAGUUCUAUGCCUGCUCACUCCCCAGAGAGACCAAGUGUAACUUCUUUGAGUGGGCAGACUUGCACUUCCCUUUUUGUCACCACGGUAAACGCUGUUUAAUGAGGACUGUUCUGAAACUAGGACCCAACAAUGGACGGAAUUUCUACACCUGCAGCUUUCAAAAGGGUAAACAGUGUGACUUUUUUCAGUGGGCAGAGAAUGGACCAGGGGUGUCCAUCCUCCCGGGUUGUUAGUGUUUUAGCAAUACAUUACUUCUAAUGAAAGACUGAUACCUAUAUGUUCAUAUAAAUAAACUGAUUUAGCGUAUUUAUGUGAAAUACGCGGAUAUGUCUGUCCUGAAAUAGACAUACACAAAUUCAUUAGAGAGCACAUAUCACAUGUAUGAUCUUCAGAUCAUGCCCAAUCACUUGUUUGUACAAAACACUGUAUAUAAUCAAGUGUAUACUCGCAUUUAAUUUGUGUUAUGUCCUGUCCAUGUCUACAUUUUAAAGAUGUAAAUGUCAACGCUAUCACGAGUAAACUGUGCUAAAUCUAAUAAAGAAUCCAGUGUUAAAGCAGUAGCAAUUACAA